AUGUCAUCAAAAAAAUUAAGCAGUCCCCCGAGAAACAGACGCAAUGUAACUAAAGCAUGCGAUUCUUGUAAACGUAAAAAAAUUCGAUGCCUUCCUAUUAUACCAACAGAUCAGUAUGCUCGAUGUGAUGAAUGCACAAAACGUAGUUGUGAAUGCACUUACCAUAUGCAAGCAAGAAAACGUGGACCAAAGUCAGACAGUCCUAGUAAACAUAUCGAUAUGAGAAUCAUAAAUCAUUCAAAUUAUGAAAAAUCUACUAUGCCCAACACAAAUUCGGUUAAUAAACUUUAUGAUGCUGAACAAUUUCUCGGCUUAUCUUUGGAAGAAAUGAGUUAUUUAAGCAAAAUAUACAAUAAGCAAGAACUACCUUCUAUUCUAUCCAUCCUCAACUCCGCUAAUUCACAGCCUUGUCCUUAUCAAAAUAUCGCAGGUCAUUAUUGCCAUGAAGGUUGCAUUUUAAUAUUUCGAUCGUUUUUUCGUCCUAAUAUUUAUCGAUUACGAAUUCGGCAAAAUCCUAGUAUGAAUUUAGUGACAGCGACAAUAUAUAAUUUACAUAUAAGAGCAUUUAAAGAACUUUAA